CUACUUUCUUUAAGUCUCCUCCUCCCUUUUUCAGGAACAUUGACCUGUCGAGGAUUACGCGCCACACACCUCCUUGUACAUACACAACUCAAUCCUGACCAAUAAGAACAAGCACCAAACAUGCCACAGCACAAGAGCAUUCGUAAGGAGAUCAAGGUUGUUACAGAUCAAAAUAUUGUCAAGGGCCAAAAACAGAUGGGGUUCCCAAUUCGCAAGUGGAAGAUUUCGCUGUGCGGUGUGAAUGCAAACGGCGAGGAAGAACAAAUGCCUUAUGUUGACCAUGUGGAAUAUAUUCUCCAUCAGAGUUUCGAACCGCCUGUUAGAAAGGUGACAGAGUAUCCGUUCUCAUUGCAGGAAAAAGGAUGGGGCGAGUUUGAUAUGAAGAUUAUGCUUCAUUUUGUUGACAAGUCAGUGCCACCAUUCGUGCUGGAUCAUGAUCUCCACUUUCAAUCACCACAUUAUGAGGUUCCACAGACAAUAAUAUUUAAAUCAGAUUUAAAAGCAGGCUUUUUGAAGCUGUUAAACCUUCCUUCUAGCACUGUCUCUGACCGGGAAUCGAGCAACGAUAGUGUGGGUGAAAGUGUGACACAGAAACGUCGUAGAGACGUGCUUAUGAAGGAGAAAUCAAAGAGAAUUAAGGAUGACCGGAGUUCGGAUGACGAAAGCAUAGCUGAUAGUAGUGUUGCUGGAUCAGGAGAUGAGUGGAAUGAAAAAGUUAAUGUGCAUCAACUGGUGAAAAAUUUUCAGCUGCUACAACCCGAGGACUUGGUUGAACUUGUUCAGAUCAUAAAAGCAAACCAGACUGCAGAUAUGUAUGUCAAAGAAGAUGGAGAAGCAGGUGAAUUUCAUAUUGAUCUUCGGACACUUGGAAACGAGCUAUUGACAGAGCUCUGGCAAUUUUGCGAAAAAAAGCUCGAGUAAUGCUUUAAAAUUACAAAAAACAUUUGGUAGCUUUAACUUGUCCUUUACAAUAACAAAAACAAGAAAGAAAGAAAGGAAAGCCGGGGAUCAGAACAUCUUAAGCAUCCUAAUCCAACACCUUUGAGCUAUUGCAAGCUUUAUCCUUAGAACAACUAUUUCUUUAAUUUUUUUUUUUUUUUUGCC